AUGGUGACGACCACAGCUGCAGACCGCUUAUGCGUCGCCUGCGAGGCUGUUGAGGGCAAGUACAAGUGCCCGCGCUGUCUGAAAUAUACUUGUUCCCUCGCUUGUAGCAAGAGCCAUCGCGAAGGACACCCUGCCGAGGAAGAAAAGCCCGUUGCGCCAGCUGCCGAGCCACUUCUCGCUGCUGCACCCUCAAGUGGCGCCGCAGAGCAGCAGAGGCCUCAAGAUGGUGCGGAAGAGCCGGACGAAUUCAACAAGCUCUUCCAAAAAUAUCCAAAUCUUUCCUCCCAGCUCCUGGCCAUCGCCGGUGAAACCGAUCCCCCAGCCACUAUGACGCCGGGGUCUGAAAGCGGCGAGAAGUUCGGGUUCAGGCGCAAGAACCCAAAGCCGUGGACGAAGGAGAUUGGCAUCCAGAACGCUCUCAAUGCCCUCCGCAAGGCGCGGGACGAGGACUUCUCUGGCGGGAUCCAAGAGUUUUGUGAGCUGGUGAAGAUCACCAACGCCCGCAAGGAGCAGGAGAAUGCAGACGAUGUUUUCCGUCGCUUGGCCGCUCAGAGGGAUGCCCAGGAGAUUGGCCAACUCAUCCGUACUGAGAAGGAGCGUGACUAG